CCCGGAGGCUGGGCGGGGUGAGCCGAGUGAGUGCGCAGGCGCCUUACGGCGGGGCAGGGCGGACCCGCGGGCCACGUGCAAUCGCCCCGCCCACCAGCUACUCCACCAUGGGUUCCUGCGGGACUGUGGGUUCUGUGCGCGCGCGCUACCUCGUGUUCUUCCAGUAUUUGGGCACGGACUUCAAUGGGGUCGCGGCCGUGAGGGGUAACCAUCGCGCUGUUGGGGUGCAGAACUUCCUGGAGGUGAGCUGUUUUCUCUCGGGGACAAUGGGGAGAGAAGCAGCCUACAGCCCCAACCAAUCCCGGCCCGCACCCACUCCUGCCUGCACCCUGUCCCUGCAGGAGGCCGCCAAGCGACUGAACUCCGUCGAGCCCAUCAGGUUUACUAUCUCCAGUCGCACUGAUGCCGGAGUGCAUGCCCUGAGCAACGCGGCGCACCUGGACAUCUGUCGCCGCUCAGACCUGCCGUCUUACUCCCCGGAGGUCGUGACCCAGGCCCUCAAUACCCACCUGAAGCACCGUGACAUUCGCGUACUGAAGGCCUUCCGAGUGCCCAAUGACUUCCAUGCUCGCCAUGCAGCCACCUCCAGAACCUACCUAUACCGUCUGGCCACAGGCUGCUCCUGGCCUGAUCAGCUGCCUGUGUUUGAGCAGAAUGUAUGCUGGGCUCUCCAGACGAAGUGCCUGGAUGUGGCUGCCAUGCAGGAGGCUGCCCAGCACCUCAUCGGGACACAUGAUUUCAGUGCUUUCCAGUCUGCUGGCAGCCCAACCACAAAUCCCGUGCGCACACUACGAAGAGUCUCUGUGUCUUCUGGUCCAGCCAGCCCAUUUGCCCUCCCCCAGGAGAGCAGGAAGCUGCAGUUCUGGACGCUGGAGUUUGAAAGCCAGUCUUUCCUGUAUCGACAGGUACGGAGGAUGACGGCUGUGCUGGUGGCUGUGGGGCAAGGGACUCUGACACCUACACAGGUGAAAGCCAUUCUGGAGAGUCAAGAUCCCUUGGGCAAGUAUCAGACUCGAGUUGCCCCGGCCCGUGGCUUGUUCUUGAAGUCAGUGCUAUAUGAUGAUUUCGGUCCUACAUCCUGAGCCCUUUAAGGUCCAAAGUGGAAACCAGCUGACUGUACCCUCAGUGGAGGUGAAGAGCCACACAGCAGACUGUCUAGCCGACAGCCUUACUCAGUGUUUACUGCACUCAGUAGAGACUAACCCACAGCUCUGUGGGGCUCUGGUAGUCCUGCCUACCUUCCUGCAGCUCCCACCUCCCCAGUCUUUCUGCCGUGGACAUCACUUUGUCACUAAUGAUGGGGUGCCAGGCAGGAAACAGCUGUAAGCACCCAGGUAGCUUCUGCUUUCCUGGGAGCCCCAUCCUCUAGGGAUAAGGG